AAACAAACAAACAAAAAGCUUGUCUGCACGUGCCGUCUGUGUGUCUGCAGGUUUCAAGAGUGCUGGCUGUGGCUGUGUGACAAGAAAAUCCCUUAAAAAUGAAAAAGUUCACGCUGUUCGAUUUUGUGAAUGAUAAUUCACUACAAAUCGGAGAGACUUCAUGGAUUCAGGAUCUUCCCAAUGACGGCAGUGAACUAGAAGGACUCCUGAAACCAAAUGAGCAGGUGCUAGUUAACUGGCCUGUGGGAGAAAGGAAGACAGAGAAACAUUUAGUAAAAGUAGUGUACAUGAGUGAUGACCCUCAAGAGCUAGUUGAGAUGAUGCAAAAGAUAUUGCAGGCAGAUGAAAUUACAAAAAUACAAGUUGUUGGAAAAGGCAAGAGGAAGAGGAUUGAGAUGAUAUUCUCAGAGAGUGAAGAUAGUGACCUGGACAAAGGGCAGGGGAAAAUGAUGAAGAGUAUAAAAAGAAAGAAAUCAUUACAGGCCUCUGCCUCUGCCAACAUCCUGAGUCAACUUGAAACAUCUUUAAUUAACAAACAGAGAGAACCAUAUUCUGGAAAUGCGUUUCUGUACAGUGAAAGCAGCAGUGAUGAUGAUGAGCCCUUGUUUCAGUUAUCCAAAGUGGAACUAUGUGCCAAAAUAAAAAGUCUGAAAAGGAAACUGACAGACAGUAUGAGAGAAAACUGUCGCCUACGGCAGUCACUGGUCAUGCUUCAAGUGUUGCCACAGGCAGUCACACAUUUUGAGGAACUGGUAGGUAUGGCUGAGGCCCUGCUCAAGGGGGGAGUGACCACAUCUGCCUCAAGUAUUCAUUCACACACUGUCUGGAAAGCAUCAAACAGUUCUUUAUCAGAUUCAUAUGCAACUAUCCACAGUAACUCCAAUUCACCGAUAGCAUUGAACAUGGAGGAAGAGGAGCAACAGCCUGAGAAACAGUUCAAGAUUGAAAAAUGGCAGAUUGCCCUUUGUAACAAGAGCAAGCCUCAAAAGUUUAUAAAUGAUUUGAUGCAAGCCCUUUAUACACAUGAAUACAUGGCCACACAUAGUCUCACAGGUGCAAAAUCCUCCUCUUCAAAGGAUAAAGCAGCAAAACCAGCAAUGAAUCAGAAUGAAGUUCAGGAAAUCAUAGGAAUCACAAAACAGUUAUUUCCAAAUACAGAUGAUGCUUUAAUUCGGAGAAUGAUGGGGCAAAAGCUAAACAAUUGCACCAAGAAGCCAAUUUUAAGCAAAGAUCUUAAUUCAGUUGCUUUUCAGAAGCAUAGCUUUUGGUAAGUCUUUUAAAAAAAAAGGCAAGCCUGCCUCCCAAAUGUAUAUCAAUAUGUGGCUCUGUCAUUGCAGUAACAGAAACUAAAGUAAUCUCAAAAUUAUCUUUCAUCUACAUGUUCAUACCGAUACAGUUGCCCAAUAUGGAGAUCCUUUCACAUCCUUGUAUAAAUUUUACAAAAUAGAAAAGUAGUCUUUAUUUACAUAGCAGCACAACAAGGCUGCUCAUUCGAGACAGACCA